GGUGUCCACGUGCUUCAUCUAGUCACUAACGUCCGCUCGCCUAAAUUCAUGGAGAUGCUUAGUUCCCCGUCCGUCGUUUUGUCAAACAGAGUCGCGGAAUAUCGGAACGGGCACCAGCAAGCAUCCGCCGAGUUUUGGCUGAACACCAGGAUGCUGUUAUUGGCGCCGCCUUCCUCACCGCAUUAACAACGUAAGUGUCAACAUUCGAUCGGGUCACUCGAAGCCGUUGAUACGACGUCGCUCGUCUAUUUUCCCAUUCUGUUGGUCGCAGCAGAUACCGUGAUACCGUAAGACGGCAGCCACAUAAAAUGUAAACGAAGCAACAACUAGUACAGGAUCACAUCAAAACGGACGAACGAAUAAACCUUAACAACGAAGAUAACGAGGGUGGCGGCGGCGGCAAACACGGCGACAAGUAGGAGCGCCGACCUAGAGGAAAAUAAGCCCAGGCCAAAAAGCAGGCCGGUUGUCACCGGCAGGAACAACAAUCUAUUGAUAAAUUAACAUAUGCCGUAUAUUCCCUUUAUCUCAUCCUUAUAAAACAUACGGACAGGAGUGCAACAGCAGCUACGGCUACGGCGAAAGUACAUUGACGACAACGGCUACUGCAGCCGCAGCGGCGGCAGCAGCAGCAGCAAAAGUGUAUAACUGUGUGUGCUUAUUGCUAAAAAAAGAGCGAUCAUUAUUAUUUCCUAUUAUCAUCUUCAUCAUAUGCUGAAGUAAUAAUUUGCAGCAUCUUCUAAACCGUAUACGCGUUUGUACGUCGAGUGUCUAUUCAGUGUAUCUAAGGUUCAACUGUGUGUGUAUGCGCCUAUGGGCAUAUCAGUAUACGAGGAGUGUGCAAGAGCAUUAAAGGGGAAUUGGUUUAACUAAUCCAUCGCGACCUGUACAGUGAGUUGUUAUUACAAUAGAGUGCGGUCGGGUGUGUAUGAGUGCGCCGAAGGUUUCGGCCUACCGUCGCGCCUGCGGGCGUCAUAAUGGUAGUGUACGGUGUAUAGGAGUUAACGAAACCGCCAUUUGUAUUUGGCUUGCACUCCCACUAUUGUUGGCGAUAGUGCGAACGACUUGACGUUGUAGCUCAUCGCGAAUUCGAACGAAUAGCAAAGACAGUCAAUGACAGGUGACGACGAAAGGUAACAUUAAUAACUGGAUAUUCCAAUCUCGGUUCAGUGUCAUCAAAUUUCACAUACUUUUACUACCGGGAUAUUCAGUGUAGUGGCAGCAUCACGUCCACCUUUAUGGAUAGUUUGUUUAUCAAACUUUCGGUGUCAGAUCUAGUGCAGAAGAACCUCAACUGCAUGUGAGCCUCUGCCUGCGUUUCUGAUAUCCGCGGCCCAAACCUGAGAUUGGAUUUUUGAGUGUGGUUGAGCUGGAGUUCGUAUAGGACUGACUCCAAGUGUCUCCCGGUAGGGUAGACAAAAGGAAGUCCUACAAAGGGAGGUCUCCGAUGUCGUCGGACUCUGAAUCCGAGACUGAACGUCAGGUGGCGGCGGAACGAAGUGAGAUCGUCGCCAAAUAUGAUAAGGGCUGGUUAAAGGAUUCCGAGCACAUACUGCCCUGGGAAGACCCCUCGUACGACGAGGCCGCGAAAAUUGACAGAUAUGGCUUCAUUCACGAGAAGGCCCUACCAGAGCGGUUUUCAGAGCUGGAAAAGAAGCAGCUGGCAAAGGAAGUAGAACGAGGCGAUAAGUGGCUCAAGAUGACCAAAUCAUGGUCCAAGUACAUGACGAACGCCAGUAAACAUGAGCUUCCAAAGAAGUAUGGGAAGUUGCGUAGCCGAGUGUACAAAGGCAUUCCAGAUCGGAUUCGAGGGGAUGCGUGGAAGCUAUUGUUGAACGUGGACGAACUAAGCGCCCAACAACCAACGAAGUACCAAGAGAUGAAGCAGCUGGCUCGAAAAGAGAGUCCCGACAUUCGCCAAAUUGAUCUUGACAUCAAUCGCACAUACCGCAAUCAUGAAAUGUUCCGACAGCGAUACUCGAUCAAGCAACAGGAGCUGUUCCACGUGCUGGCCGCGUACUCUAUGUACAACCAAGAAGUUGGAUACUGCCAAGGAAUGAGCCAAAUUGCAGCCCUAUUACUGAUGUACAUGGGGGAAGAGGAAGCAUUUUGGGCAAUUUCUCAGCUCAUGGCAGCCGACAAGUUUGCGAUGCACGGCUUUUUUAUCCAAGGGUUUCCCAAGCUGGCGCGCUUCACUGCGCACCAUGAUCGUAUACUCGCAAAGAAGCUGCCAAAGCUUAAAAAACACCUUGAUAAGCAUGACAUCGGUAGCAGUAUGUAUACGCUUAAAUGGUUCUUCCAGUGCUUUCUUGAUCGUGUCCCGUUUACGCUGACCCUGCGUUUGUGGGACGUCUAUCUUCUGGAGGGUGAAAUAGUUCUAACGGCCAUGUCGUAUACAUUGCUGAAGUUGCAUCGCCGGAAUUUACUGCGAAUGGGUAUGGAUCAACUGGUCCAUUUUUUGCAAUACCGCCUCGAGCAGGAUUUUGGUUAUAAUGAUGAUGCAGCGAUGGAGGCUCUUCAGCAAUGUAUGCAAGAACUUAAAACAGCCAAGCUCUCGCUGCCCUCGUGCACAGACGAAGACCGAGAGUUGGAACGACCCACGCGGCCGUUUGGAAUUGUAGACAAUAUAGGCGUAUUGGGAACUCCCCGAGGAGCAAAAAAGACCUCUCGAAUAAAAUCGACUUCUUCGCAUCGGAAGAGUAGCUCGGUGCGUGCACUCAACAUCAAUGAAGAUACGGAAAGCGUCCUCAACGGAAGUAUUGAAACCAUAUCAACAAAAUCAGAAGCUGGCGGACGUUUCACACCGAAAGAACUUCGCAAAUCUCCGAACCUUGUGGAAAGCGAGCACUCGGAUACGUCGUCGGUGGUGGAAAACCUCUCACUGCGAAUGACUUCUUCCCUUGCUCUCGAUACGUCAGUAACCGUUACGCAGGAUGAGUCCAGCACACGAACAUUGAACUUCGAAAGCACAUCAACAAUGGCAGCUCCGCCAAAGCCUCGAUCACCCUCUAUCUACGAUAAUGUGUCGUUAGCCGCUGACACCAGCAUGGAAACAACGACGGUGCAAUUAACGCCAUCCGCGGAUGUUCCAAAGGCCACUGCCGCCACAACGACAGCUUCAACGAUAGCUUCGUCGCCGCUAGAGGGUCGAAUAUCUGGAGGAGCGACAACGGGCACCCAGACGACUACCCCACCGUAUACUCCCACGGGGCGUUUUCCAGUCGAGGCGGUUCGCAUCUUUGUGCCCUAUCAGAGCAGAGAAUCAGGGUGUGAAAGGUCUGCCUCAACCGAGCACGUGCGUGAGCAGAGGCCCAGUCCAUCGCAUGUCGUGUUACCCUCCCCGUCGGCGCAACCGACUCAGGGUCACGGGCCGGCGGCGUCCCCGACAAAUUCGGUACAGGAUCCUAACAGGAUCACGAUUAAGGUACACGGCAUGACUACCGUCGAAACACUGUGAAAGCAGUCAGCCAGUCAUGCGUAAUCACCUGUUGCAGCACAACUAGGAGGCGAGAUCAAUGAAACUAAGAAUAAUCUAUCGCGUAUGGAAAAUUACAUGCAUAUGCACCGGCUAUACAACUGCCGAAGGGUUACUUCUUUAAUAUCUGCUCUUGGAAGAGUCACCCUCAAACCAAAUGGUAACAACAACACCAAUGACAUGUUUAUAGGUGGACAGACCAAAAUAGAAUAUUAAGUCCUCCAAGUUGCCUUUCAUGAGCUCUUUUCGCUUCCAAGCGCUUACCCUGGCAGUCGUGACUGGGUCAAUUAUGUGGACAGAAUAAACCUUGUAUACGUGUAUAUAAGGGCUAUGGCUGACCCCGUGCAUGGUUGUUGGCGCUGUCCGCCGAUUCGUGACUCAAGGUAAAUCAUUCAAUCAUCUUGAUUUCCCUACCCGUUCCUAAUACUCCGUUACAUUAUUCCGACAAAAAAAUCCGACCCAAAGUGUCAAAGGUUUAUUUUUGUAGACUUCUGAAUAUUGGAGGACAAGCAGGCAAAACGGACAAUGAAACAGUUCUGCACAGAUGCCCCAUGUAAUCGUACCUUUGUUAGGUUGACUGACUGUCCGGUCAUCUACACGCGCCUGAAAAAAAUAUGUGUACAUGUCGAAAACAGUCCUAUGAUGACCUCGAUGAAGAUAUGAUGAGCUAUAAAAAUAAGGAGUGAUCUUAUCGCUGUAUAUUACUAUAGGGUUCACAAUAACAAAUGUGAUGAGACGGCCAAUAAGAGAUAAAGGUGAUGACUUGACGAGACUCAGCUGUGAACUUCUAGUCAGAAAGUCUCGCCUAACAGCUAUAAUCAGUUUGAAGCAAUAAUAUUAUAAUUCCGUUUGAAAUAAUCUGCGUGUAAAUAUUCGUACAGGUACAUACGAAAGUGACAAGAAGAACAAAAAUUAGAAGUCAGAUGAAAACAGGAUAUACGAAAUCUGCUGAGAACGCUGAUAUCCCGGGUAGAUAGUGGUAAUAGAAUUAUACGGUAACUAGUAGCAUAAAUGGUGUCCGACGCGACGCAAGGAUGCCACCACGAUCCGUAGAUGACAUGCAGAUUGCGCACUAGGCCUUGCCGGAAAUGUUGCUACAGUGAACACGAUAUCUCAUCAGCAUUUUCAUAGAAACAUAUGUUUUCGCUGUGAAAUGAAAAACAUUCUGUUCCAAUGGCAAUGGAUUCCAUAAAGACUGAGAAUCCGAAUCGCGUAAUACACACACAGCACAUUCAUUGCUUUGUAAAUUCUAAUCAAAGGCAAUAUGGAAUUUCCGUUGUUCGUUAACGCCAUUUGAGUUCAAUAGGGACACGUGCGAUAUUCCCAAGUACGUACUUAUUGCAAAAGGAAAGUGUUGAAAGGAAAACACAGAGGAACUCUAUAUACGAACACGAUGAGUCGGUGCUAUCGUUGUUUCUAUGUUAGACUGUCCAACGGCUGGCGCAAUCCAUGCGAAUAGAUAAAAGAACCAUAUAAAUAUGGAACAACAGCUAUACUCAAUAAUGAUUCAUUCAUGUCAAUUCAGUACAGGCCAACGUCCCUUAGAUUACUUUCAUUCUGCAAUUAGUACCAUAACAUUAGUGCUUAUAGUAAUACUUGUAUGAUGUGAGAGGCUACCCAACGAAAACAUAAAAUAUGGACAAGUUCGGCUGCAAUCAGCCCUGGCCAUGGUUCCUUGACUAUACAAGGAAUUAUUGUAACACAUCAACUUCCCCGCAGCACAUAUAUGUCAAUUAGCAUCAAAUAAAGAGAUCCUAUUAAGGGCUGUAAUGUCAAAAGCGAAACGCUGUUAGUAGAGGGGGUCACAAGCGAAAGACGUCGACCGGUUAAGGCUAUGACAUGUUGGAGUUGGAGCAACGCUUUCUGUGCAACUUAUAUGGGUAGACAGUUCGAUAUCGCGCACUGAGCCGAAAGGAACAUGAAAAGUACAACUGAACGCUCUAAGUAAGUUCGGACUUGAGUGUGUACGAACGAAAAAACCACGUGUGUUGUGUGUAGACUGUAUACUGAUAGCGAAUUGUGCGAAGGAGACAAUUUUAUGGUAUAGAAACUGGUACCCGUUUCAGAACCCGGCUCAAACAGUAAACUUAAGCGUAAUAAAUAGAGAACAAAAAUAGGGACAACAGUAUAAGCGGGAGAGUGAGAGAAAUUAUUAAAAAUUACACUGAUAUGAUAACGAAAGUCAUUGAAGAUAAAAUCGAAUUGUAAAUAGUAUAUAAAGAGGCCAACAAGCUUAGCAACAAAAAUAAAAUUAUU